CUCACCGACCAUGGCCACAGCUGCCUCGAAUCCCUACAGCAUUCUCAGUUCCAGCUCUCUGGUCCAUGCAGACUCUGCGGGCAUGCAGCAGGGGAGUCCUUUCCGAAAUCCUCAGAAACUUCUCCAAAGUGAUUACUUGCAGGGAGUUCCUAGCAAUGGGCAUCCCCUCGGGCACCAUUGGGUGACCAGUCUGAGCGAUGGAGGCCCGUGGUCCUCCACACUGGCCACCAGCACUCUGGACCAGCAGGACGUGAAGCCCGGGCGUGAAGACCUACAGCUGGGAGCGAUCAUCCAUCACCGCUCGCCUCACGUCGCCCACCACUCUCCGCACACUAACCACCCCAAUGCCUGGGGGUCGACCCCGGCUUCAAACCCGUCCAUCACGUCCAGCAGCCAACCCCUUAACGUGUACUCGCAGCCGGGCUUCACCGUGAGCGGCAUGCUGGAGCACGGGGGGCUCACCCCACCGCCGGCUUCUGCCACCGCACAGAGCCUACACCCAGUGCUCCGGGAGCCCCCAGACCAUAGCGAUCUAGGCUCUCACCACUGCCAGGACCACUCGGAUGAGGAGACACCAACCUCGGAUGAGUUGGAACAGUUCGCCAAACAGUUCAAACAAAGAAGAAUCAAGUUGGGUUUCACGCAGGCCGACGUGGGGCUGGCACUGGGCACACUGUAUGGCAACGUGUUCUCACAAACCACCAUCUGCAGGUUUGAGGCCUUGCAACUGAGCUUCAAGAACAUGUGCAAGCUGAAGCCACUGCUGAACAAGUGGCUGGAGGAGGCUGAUUCGUCCACUGGGAGCCCGACCAGCAUUGACAAGAUCGCAGCGCAGGGCCGCAAGCGCAAGAAGCGAACCUCCAUUGAGGUGAGUGUCAAAGGUGUACUGGAGACGCAUUUCCUCAAGUGUCCCAAGCCUGCCGCACAGGAGAUUUCCUCGCUGGCAGACAGCCUUCAGUUGGAGAAAGAAGUGGUGCGUGUCUGGUUCUGUAACAGAAGACAGAAAGAGAAAAGAAUGACUCCACCAGGGGAUCAGCAGCCACAUGAGGUUUAUUCGCAUACGGUGAAAACAGACACGUCCUGCCAUGAUCUCUGACUGCAGGAAGCCGGCAACCGAUCAGCCGCAAGAACUGGGGCAGCGCGGAUUUCUCUUUUUCUCCCACUCCCUCCUUUCACUCCAGCUUCAUAAUUGCUAUCUUUGUAGCUCUCUCUCUCUCUCUCUCUCUCUCUCUCUCUCUCUCUCUCUCUCUCUCAUUUUUAUAUUUUAUUUCUUUACCCCUCACCCUUUCAACCGGGGAUUCUAACUUAUAUUAAGGAAGGAAACACACUCACGCAUUUCAGGCUUCUUAACGCUGGUACACAGUUUCAUUAAGCACUCCAGGCGGGGUCCUCAUAUCCCCUGCGGUCCGGCAACAGCUUUCUCUACAACCUUUUCUGCAGAUCAAUAUAUAUUAUUUACUUUGAGUAAGGUUUGUUUGG